CACAGGAAGCGGCUAGAGCUCGAAAGAAGUGUAGGGGGAAACACGAGACAUAGUCGAGUGUUGCUCCUUGCUUCUUGAGUGCUCUAGCCGCGUCCUAAGUGCUUUAUAACAGAAAAGAGCACAGUCAAGGCUUCUCUUUUCUUUCGUUAAUUGAAAGUGAAGUAUCGGAACAAGCGAGAAAAGCUUUGCAAAAAUGCCAGGCGCAGUAAUUUACGUUACUGUAACGUGAGCAGAGACAAAGAUAAAACAAAAUGGAAAGUCCGAGUUUAAAGGGUUUUCACGCUCAGUUAGAUUGCAAGUUUACGUGCGGUAUAUAUAUGUAGGUAUAUGUUAGAAUAUGUACGUAUAUGUAAGUAUAUGUGGGUAUAUUUACGUAUAUGAAGGUAUAUGUAGGUAUAUGUGGGUAUAUGUACGUAUACGAAGGUAUAUGUAGGUAUAUGUGGGUAUAUGUACGUAUAUAUAAGUAUAUGUACGUAUAUGUACGUAUAUGUACGUAUAGGUACGUUUAUGUAUACAAUUAUAUAAUAUACACUCUCAUUCCGACAAGCUUGUUUCGUGAUAAACUUUUAAAUUUGUAUGAUUGAUAUGGCGGUAAAUUUAUAUGUUUCGUUCAGCUGUUACGUAGCAAAGCUUUGUUUCUGUGGCGGACAAAAGUUCAUUGCGUUUGUUAAGUGAUGACAAUUCAGCGCGGCUCGUGAUUAGUAAUUUUCUUUAAGGUGGAGGUUGCAUCUUUUACUUGUGCUGUUGAAGGAUGAGCUACGAACAAAUUGUUUGAGAGAAUUCAGAUCUUAAAUGAAUGAAAGUUCCAUCGAUUAACUCAAUUGUAACCAAAUACCACACGUUUCAAUUUCCUCGGUACUUAGUUACAGACGGUUUUUAGGUCGCUUGUCAACUAAUUUAAUGACACUUUUGCCUAUACAAAUUAAUUUCGAAACUAAUUUUUUUCCUCUACCAAAGUGAUUGAGAGAGAUAAAAGAGAGGAACAAUGAGUUAUUUAUCGGCUUGAGGUUGUGACCAACUUUUUUGCUUAAAAAUACUGCCCAGCCGGAAAAACUAGAUAUAUGUAUGAAAAAUGGCAACGAAGGCAGGGAUGUACUCGGCGACUUACGAAAUCGUUACCGUGCCCGUGGGCAGAGAAAAUACGGACCGCGCUAAGAUCCUAUCAGAUUGCAGGAUUCGUUGCUGUACCCGCUGAGAAAAUAUAUGUUAUUCGCCAGCCGGGAGUUCCGUAUUGGGAAAAACUGUGCCAAGGUCUCGAGUACCGCCCUCAGGUACUAAAGACUUCUGAUUAUGGGCUAUGAUGCUCUACUUCUGAGCUUCAGAGAACUUUGUGUUGGGCUUUGCCAUUAUUAAGUUCAAUGGUGACAUUAGCAAUGUAGAAAGCAAAUUUUUUAACUAUAUAUAAAAAAAAAAUAAAACUAUUCAUUUUGGCACCCCCUGUUAAAAUCUUUACUAUAGUGUGAUUUAUUUUAUAUGUGAUGUCUCUUUAUGAUAGUUCAUAAAAACCUCCAAGAGAGGCCUUGUAACGUGAUAUCCAGAGGGGCUUGUAAAGACACUUGAUAAUAAAUGAUACGUGUGCCCACGCUCUAUUUGACAGUGGUGAGCCAUAUGACCAGUUCUCAUAAAUGCUUUGUUGAGGAGGGCGAGGAGGAGGGCGAGUUUCCUGGGUGCAAACUUACCCUUUUUUCAUUGCAGAUUCUCGAGGAGCCAGGGGAAGACAAUACAAAGUUUGACAAUAUAGUUCCCACAAUUGUUAAACCCAAAACUGCUGAGGAGUUCAUUAUCGAGUCUGCUUUAAAAGGGCAUGUGAGUAGCGUCUUAUUAGCCAUUCAGAGUCCUACUGUGAGUUUUCUAGAAGCUGCACAGUCUUUUUCAUAAGUUUUACUGGGUUUUAUAUUAAGCCUUUUUGAAAAUUUUAUUUUAUUUUGUUUCUUCUCAAUCUAGACUCCCUAUGAAAUAGCUGUCCUUCGACAGUUUCCAUUUUCUUCAGAACUGCAGCGUAUGAGUGUUGUGUGUCGUACUCUUGGUGCCCCCAAUAUGGAUGUUUAUGUAAAAGGUGCUCCAGAAACUAUUACAAGUCUGUGCCAACCACAAACAGGUUUGUACCGGUAAAGGCACCAUGAAAGUCAUUGUUAACUUCACUAUUGGCUAGUUUAGAAGUGAAUAACACGCAUAUUUACUUCCGAGCCGCCGACGAGACAAAAUCGUACUUCAAGAGUUUAAUUCCCGACCUGUUUUCGGUAUAUUGAAAGAAAUACACUUAUUUUUUGGUAUCUCCAGUUGAAUAAUUGUUAAAUAUCACCUGGAGCAUCUUAAGUUUUGCUUCAAAUAGACUUGAACCUACUACCUUCCCGAGUAGUACUUCGGACGCGUAUUACCACCGAGUUAUAGGUUAGAGAAGACUCGCGGCAAGCUUGAUUUUAACUGGGUUUAAAAUCUUGCGUGAAUCACGUGGGAAUGUCGUCAUGUGAUGCUUAUGUGCAAUGAUGAUGUAUAUAAAGAGAGUAAUUUUUAACCUUAGUUAUCUAUGGGAAAGCAGUACCCUUCAGUAAACGACGCAGGCAUAGUAUGAUGAAAAAAAAAAAUUCCGAGUGCUCCCAACGGGAUUCGAGGGAACGACCUUCGGAGAAAUACUUCGAAUGCUCUACCACGCAAUUACAGGAGACUUGAUUCAAUCUAGGCUGUUUAACUAGAUCCAUGGUGACAAACAUUCUGUGUGCUGCUAGAAUAGGAAUUUCUAGAUGUGAUGAUAUAAAUGAAGGUGGUAAAUUUCAAGCCUGGUAAUUUAAGUGAAGGAAGAUUUUAUUAAGAAAAUUACACAGGCAUACUUUGAUUAGGGAAAAAAAUUCCGAGUGCUCCUGUUAGGAUUCGGACCUACGACCUUGCGAUUUAAAAUACUGUGGACGCUCUGUCACUGAGCUAUAGGAGACACGCGCAAACUCGGCCGUUUAAUUAGGUCUAUGGUGUUAAAGUUCCUGCGAUGGGUGAUAUUUUGUUUCUUUCGGUUACAGCCAGGCACCUUUUUAACUUUCAUAAAGGAUUAUUCUGUUCAUCUUUCCAUAUUCAGUUGCUUUUACGCAUACAGAUAACAAAGAUCACCACAUGCAACAGAAAUCAGGAGAUUUUGCAGCAUUUGAAAUUUAGGAUCAGGAUGUUUUGCCUGAAAAAAGCACUUUGGGAGGCUUCUAUGGUGACAUGUCAUAAUUGGCUACUCGUACUUUGGCGGGUUAAAGAAGUCAGUUUCAAAGCGUUUUUCUGUUUUUUUAUAUCUCGCACGCAUUUCAAAAUUUUACCAUACGUUUUCUUUAAAACUGUAAUCAAAAUAAUAUAGCUUGGUUUGACGUCAAAUAAUAAAUAUUUCGAAGAAAUUAGCCUUUGAAGAUGUUAAAGGAAAUUGGUUUUGAUAUUUGGUUUUAUAUCCAAGGAAUUAUGUCAAAUGCAGGGUUUGCUCAUUUUGACGAAGCCUAACGUUGGUAAACUUUUUUGGUUAGUUCCAGGAGAUUUUACCAAUGUUCUGCAGCACUAUACCACGAAAGGUUACAGAGUUUUGGGUUUGGCAUGGAAACCACUGGAUUCUAAACUGUCAUGGCAUCAUGUCCAUAGAGUUGCACGGUAAUGACAUGGUGGGGGUAACUAUCCAUCAAAUAAAUUUAAUGCUUAGCGUGCAGCUAAAACUAUUGAGGUGCCAGAAUUCAGAACAACAAUUUGACAGCUUGAUUUCUUAUAGGGAUCGAAUAGAAUCAAACCUGCAAUUCCUGGGACUUUUGAUUCUUCAAAACGCAGUGAAACCCCAGAGUUAUCCUGUUAUAAGAACGCUUCAAAAUGCAGAUAUCAGAACUGUAAUGGUGACAGGUAAGACAUACAUCUCACAUAAACGUCUCUCUUUAGACAUAAAGCUACUGUCAUUGUUAUUGUUAUCGCUGCUAAGGGCUCCAGUACCAGCAUUUCAUCUUGUUGCUGUUCAGGACCCGCUUUGCUUCAUAUUUUCUGGUAGAAAAGGCCAGUGCCUUCCCUUCAUAAUUUUCAUAUUGUAGCUAUCCAUUUUACAGCAAAAGUUAGUCCGACGGGCUGUUUGCAACCUCUUGUUACUCUGAGGUGUAGUUCAAACCUGCACCUUUAUAUUUAUGACCAUGUGGAUACUCUUUUCAGUGGUUUUACCACUUUCAUGAUAGUCUACACAACUCAAAGUAGACAAGAUUUGACUUUGCUAUGGGAUUUAUUGUGAAAGCGAAGAAAUGAAAUAUUUUAGGAAUACGGUUAGCCUGAUUAAGUUAAGCCCAUUUAGAAUUUGUCAUUUUAGCCUGGCUCAAUGAGAGUGAAGUAAAAUGAUCACUAUAUGGCUUUCACAACCUGUUACUUACAACAGUGUUUGGAUUUGAUCUGUUUUUCAUCAUUGGUUAACAAUUUUAUACAAGAGAAUAUAAUUAUAUUCUCUUGUUUUACAUGUAUAUUUUGAUUUUGAUGUCUGAACCUCACUCAACUGAGCCUGGUUUACCAAAGCAAGGGGCCGUGAUUGAUAUACUCUACUAGCUCUUAAUUUCCUUUAGUUUUGAGAGCUACCCCAAGAUUGAUUUGUUGCAGGUGAUAACAUGUUAACAGCUGUGAGCGUUGCUAGAGACUGUGGAAUGAUUGCAUCUACACAUCAGGUAUAUGCAUUUAUAUAAUAGGCUGAGUUAUGUGCUCAUUUUGAUUGGUUCUGAAGUAUGAUUUAUAGGAGGACACACGCCAUAGGUGACUUCGUCGUUGACAGUAUUUUUGCUUCUUUAUGAUUUAAAAAAAAAAAAAAAACAUUCCAUGUUGCCGUGGGUCUCUUCUGUGAUAGAUUACAGAAAACUUUGACCGAGAUGUAGUAAGAACGUUAAUAACACACCGGGCUGCGCCUUUUGUGUCGCUUUUAUGUUCUUUCAAAAUUUUGACGUCAUCUGUGACCUUUUACUGAACAGGCGCAAGGGAAUAUGGAAUAUAUCUAUUAAAUACUUGAAUUCAUCACCAUUUGUCAAUAGGAAAAACUAAGCUGAACGGUGAGGCUCUUAUUGUGGUUUUAACAUUUAUAUUUUACGUAACAAGUCGUUUUCCAGACGGAAAACUACUCACAAGUGUAUACAGAAAACCCACACACACCGACCAGUACCUCGUCUAUGAUUCGCACCACCCACAAUCUGUUAAACGCGGUAUCGUCAAGUGUUUACAUGAUCGAGCUGAACGUAUCAUCACCAAGCCAUCCGAAACAGCCCAGGAUAAAAAGCAGCUCUCGUCGCCAACGGCUACCCUCCGUCCUUCUUACAGAAGGUGACCAAAACCAGGAAUCCAACACCAGAGAGGGAAACAGCAGAAUUCAAGUCCACCGCAGUGCUGCCAUACAUCAAAGGAGUCUCAGAACCCCUCCGCCGCCACCUACACCGACAAGGAAUACGCACCGUCUUUAAAUCCGACACCACAUUAAGAUCUCGGCUGGUCAGACCAAAAGACCCCGCUGAUCCAAACAAGCAAGAUGGUGUAGUCUACAAGAUACCAUGCAUAUGCGGCAAAGUCUACAUCGGGGAAACAGGACGACCCAUGCAAGAGAGAACGAAAGAACACGACAGGGAUAUACGACUCGCACGCACUCAGAAUUACGCGGUUUCAGAUCAUGCCAACGGAACCGGACACAAGCCAUUGUGGAACGAAAGCAAGCUUAAUGACCGAGAAAGCCAUUGGUACGCAAGGAAAGUGGAAGAGGCAAUUUAAAUAGAGUCAACUUAAAUAACAUAGACAGGGACAACGUGCUACCUAUUAAUUUACAUUAAUAGGUAGCACAACAUUAACUUAAGAAAGUGUUAAAACUCUUUUGAAAAUUGUUCUUUAGGUUGUCGAACUAACUGCUAAGCUGAGUGAGGACCACUCUCACGAAAUUCAUGUCAAUUGGUGUGUUGUUGGAGCUGUUCAAAGUCGCAGCCAUGAUUAUAAGACUGAGGUACUGAUCUAUUGAGAAAUUAUGGAAGAAAGGUUUAUUCCACAGCGUUUUGUUGUCAUCGUGAGGUCAAGGGCAGAUGCAGUACAGAGAGGCGACUUUUAAAGUAGACUGGAGUUGAAAAUUAAAAGAAAUUCCAGAAAGAGUAAGGGUGACUACAUACUCUCCAUCUUUGCACACUCAGUUCAGGUUCAUACUUGUGGUAAAUGGUAGUGCUGUUAGGGGUUCUGUAUGUUGUGGGCUUGAUAUAGACUUUAAACUUGAUUCUGGGAGCUCAGUUGAGUAGGGGUGUAGAAAGCCUUGUCAGCCAAACAGUUGCCUUAGGCAGUUCGAAAAGCCGCAAAACUGUUUCAGUUCAGCACUAUCAAUCCCUACGGUAUCAACGAACGCUUUUCUUUCAAUUAAUUAAUUCUUGUUUUUCGCAUUACUAUGUUCCCACCGAUGGGGUGGCUCCAUCUUCUGUAGAUAUGAACCACACACAACUCAUAAUUUUUCGCUCUGACACAUAGCUUAUAUUCCUAAUGCUAGCUUUAGAAACUCUUAAUGGUGUGUUCUGUCACACGUGUCACGCGUCUAGCGUCACAAACAUAGUUAAGCAUUGUAUUUCAUCGCAAGGUAUUAGGGUGUUAAUUUUCCAUGUUGUUGUCGGGGAUUGUAAUUGUCGUGCCCGCCGGCUUUCUCGGUUCACCACGAAAUUUUACUUUGAAUAAAUUUGGUUACACUGUGAUGAAGGGCCUACGUCUCGUUUGCUGUGGGAAGCAAGCUAAUGGAUCAGGCUUCGAAGGAUCAGAACAUGGUGGCCAUUUUACAUUAUCAACUCAGUUAUAAAACCAACUUACGUUACAACAGUUGCUUUGUUUGGCUCUAUCUGCACUUGGUAAUGUCAUCAUGAUGGAUAAUAACUGCAUACUCAAACCUAAAUGCACUGACAUUAUUAUUUUGUGUGCUUUACUAGCGUAAUUACAUAGAUGGAGGAAGAAGAUGUAUUCACGUGGCAGUUUCAGGGAAAACAUUUGCUUUAAUCAGAAUUCACAAGCCUCGGUUAUUUAACAAGGUGAACAAUGUUACUCUAGACAGUAUACUCCACGAACACAAGUGAGGUCGCAGAAAACUGAAACUAACAAUUAUGUCUAAAAUAGUCUUUGUCCCACGUUCAUCACAAGACGAAAAACAUCAUUCUCAAUAUUAGAAUUGUUUCCAAAACUGUCCAAAGCCCUUACCCAUUUGCCCGCUUGGCAAACGAAUCACAGCACCGGUUUCACAUCAUCAUGUCUGCUUGCGCUGUCAGCUAUAUAAUAAUUAUUUGUUUUGGUUCCCAAGACAAACAGCUGUGAAAGGGUACAUGCAGGCACAUAUUUAAGGGUUUAUUCAACAGCACCCAAAACAACAUUACAAAUGUGAUAUGUAAAUUUACCCAAUAUUUAACACUGUGAACAUACAGUGACAUCAUAACCAAAUUGUCUCAACUAAAUGAGUUUCUCUAUUUUCUUAAAAUUAAGGUUUCCCCGCUAAACAAUUGAAACAAACCAUCCAGAAAUGGAUGGAUAAAGAGGAAGGUGAACGAAGCAAUUUACAGAAGAAUUAUUGAUGUCAAGUCACUUAUUCGUAUGCAAAAAACUAGCAGAUAUCGGCUUCCUUUCGUUGCCUUAUACCAUACAUGAUUUGAAGUUUUUCAUUUUUUGUGUAUGAUUUGCAUUAAGUUGCUUAUGUCAGGAACUGUAUUUGCUCGAAUGUCACCUGACCAAAAGACGCAUCUUAUUCAAGGGUUGCAGAAUCUGAAGUAAGUAAUGCUGUAGCAGAGUUAACGGAAAAAAGAAGCCUCACUUUUCUCUGUUCUGUUGUAAAGCACGCAGGAAGAAGUUAGAGCACAAAAGAACUGUAGGGGGAGUCACAAGACGUAGUUGUUUGUUUUCCCUACUUCUUUUGUUACGCUUUCUGAAUGCUUUACAAGAAAACAAGCACAGUCGAGGUUUUGUUUGUUUGUUUUUUUACGAUAAAGAAUACAUUAAAUUCCCCACUUAUUUGUAUAAUUUUCAAAACGAACUCUAUUUUCCAGAGGAACGGAGAUGGCGUGAGCGUGGAUAUGUUCUCUAAAUUUUUUAAUUUUCCUUAAAUGUUCCCCAUCAAUGUCUGGUUCGAAAAAUACAUUAAAAAAGAGGGGUCUUCUUUGUGAGAUAUAAUUGACCAAACUAACCCCAUUUAUUAAUCACGCGCGUCAUUACAUUGGUUCACUGUACAUUUUGCGAUAGUUGGAAGCAAAGGUUAAAGUAACACUUGAACAAAACUUUACAGGCCGAAAGUCCCGAUCGUAUAGAACGAUUUGAUAUAUUUGAUGUGGAAAAUCACGCAUUUUUAAACUAGCUAAUAGCAUGGAGCGAAGGAGAAUUAAGGAUUAAUUUCACGGGCUGCGCGACUCAUGCAUUUUCUCUAUAACUUCAGAAAACACGUGAUGUUAAUCCUGAAUUUUACUAGGACACAAGUGAUUUCUUGUUUACAAUAUAAAGGCCAAAGUUUUCUUUCAUGAAGAAGAUCAAGACCGCACGUUGUUACGCAUGUUCGUUGGAAGCCAUUGUUGGGGCAAAUUUUUCCCUUCGUUUUCGUUUGCUCACUCGUCAUCGUAUACCUUUUUUUUUUCUUUUCGCUCUUCUGUAAUUUGUUAAUUACGCUGCUUUGUUACGUGCUGUAUGUAAAUUUAGUUAUAUAGUUUGUUGUCUCCAACCACCAAUGCCAGUUAUUCUCAGCAUUUGGUAAGCGGCCUCAUUUUCAUCGUGUUCUUUGAUUUCGUUUUGCAGUGGCCUUUUGGUAGUUUGUCUGAUUUGUAAUUAUUAAUUUUUCGCUCUUGAAGGAAUUUGCUUUUUUCUAACGUUAUAGUAAAAACAUUUGCUGAGACAUCGUGUUGUGUUUUCUUCGAAUUGGCCCUUACCUGUUCAGCUAUUACAGUGUUCAGUUAGUGUAUUAAGUGAACUGUAAAACGCACAAAUCAGCUGAUUUUUGCACAACAACGCCAAAGCAAUGAAAGCAACCUAGUUGAAAACAGUUGCCGUCAGUAAAAUAAUAACAUUUUUUAGGCGAAGUUAAGCCUUUUUGAACGUUGUCUAAACUUUGGUAAUUUCUUGGGGCAAUUACCAAAAUUAACGAAAAAAAACCCCGCUGUCUCAGCCAAUCAGCUUUAGUAAUUUUGCCCUCUAUGUUAUGAAGGUCAGAAUUGCAUCCUCGAGUACUUUUCCAAUUUAAAGGGGGUAAUUUGCUAACCAAAAUUUACGUUUAAGGGCAAAAGACCAUUGUACUUCUUUACAUGGUUCAUUGAUUCCGUGUCCCGGAAUGCGCACGCAUCUAUUCGCCUGAUAACGUAACUGUGGUAUGAAACCGUAACUUAUUGCUCAGUGACAGCAAGGAUCCAAUAGUUGUUAAUUAACUCUUGAUAUGCUGUUUUUUUGUCUUAAACGUAGUUACUGUGUUGGGAUGUGUGGAGAUGGAGCUAAUGAUUGUGGGGUAGGACAAAAACUCUGAUGAUACUGCAUGAUAAUUGAUAGAUAGUUAUAUCAGUACUAGAGAUGUAAUGUAACAAUUAGGAUUGAUACUGAAAUUGAAUGGAAGAAAAAAGUGGCAUAAGGGUUUGAUGACAAUCUCACACCACUGGGGUUUAAAGAAACAAUAAUCGCAAAAAAAUGCGCAAUUCUUCGAAGCAUGUGGAUUUUGUUGUGCCCUAAAGUAUUUUGUAUUGUUUGUGUAGGCUCUUAAGGUGGCACAUGCAGGAAUUUCAUUGUCACAAGCAGAAGCAUCUGUGGCAUCUCCAUUUACUUCAAAGGUUUGUUUAGACUCUAUUACCCCUUCGUAAUUCGCUCUGGCUAAGGUCUAACAAACGAAACGUCGGCUUUGGAAACUCUCUACGGUGGCCAAUUUACAUUGUCAACUCAAUUGAUAAAACCAAUUUAUCUUGUAAUACCCCUGGCUUUCUUUAGAAACUUACCCCAUUAAAUAAUAUCGUUGUACGAGAGAACGCGGCUCUGCAACAAAGAGCAUGGACAGGCUUCUUUAUUUGUGUCUUCUAGUAUAGAUCAUAUGUUGUUUAGACAGACGUUUGCGAGUUCAAAAGAAGCGGAUUAAGGUAUGAAAGUUGCCCAAAACACAGAUUCGGGGGGCUACAGUUUGCUUGCAACUUUGUGAGGCAUGAAAUGAAACCGGAUGAACACCAUACAUUUUCGUUUUUAUUAAGAUAUUUUGAAACAUUAACAAAAUUCAGCUUAGAAGAUAACUGAGAAAAAUCACUGAAAGGCACAGAAAUGGAAGUUAACCAAUGAACAUUAUUUUUAUUUAGAUUCCACAUAUUGAAUGUGUACCUGCUGUAAUAAGGUAAAUGCUCAAAGUUGCUAUUGCAUAAUCAGUAAACUCUUAAAACCAACAUUCCAUAUUCUCCAGAAAUAUAUGAUAAAGGUAAUGUCUUAAUGUUAAUACCUUAAUGUUAAUGGAAGUAUCCUUGCGUGAGAUGUCGGCCCUAAAAUUGUCAACUGUAAGAGUUUAUUUGUCUGUUUGGUUUUUUUUUUCAGGGAAGGCAGAGCAGCUCUGGUAACAUCAUUUGGAAUUUUUAAGUACAUGGCUCUUUACAGUAUUGUGCAGUUUGUCUCUGUUCUCUUACUUUAUUCGGUAUGUGCCACUUAUAAUCUUUAUGUAAAUUAUUUUUCUGAAAUUAGGUCUCUUGAAAGCACAAGUUGUGUUUGUGAACGGCAGCCAGGCAAUUUUGAUAACUGGAAGAAAUUUAAACUAAUUCAUUUCUAUUCAUUUUUGAAUGAUAAACCAUGCUUAGAAUAUGUGUUAUACUCGAAAAAUUUGUUCCACCCCCAAAAAUUAGCCAGAUUUCUUUCAAUCAUUCUUAUUCCAUGUGUUGCCUUGUUUUCAGUUUGUAACAAAAUGCACCCGAGUUGAUUGUCGUCCAUCCUAAAAACCAUGAACACCUGAAAAAUUUAAGAAAAUUUUGGGUUAUGAUCAAUCAGACUGGAGUUCAGGAAAUUAAAAGAUGCACAAAAUCUUCACAGUUGAUGCUUACAGUUGUAGUUCUCUCUUGAGAAAAAAGUGGCAAUCUGAGAUUAUUUCUGGUUUUUGGGGGUUUUGAGUUUUACAUUGAUUGUAGUGUAUUGAAUGGUAAGUUGGCUAGAGUACCCGUGUCCCCACCGAUGAGUUGUCGGCCCCUUCGUCGGAAUUUUCUUUUUUUCCUAGUUACUUGGUUGAGUGAAAAUUAUCUUAAAAAGAGUUUAAAUCUAUCCCAUCUCGGCAUGUUUAAUGGUCCAAUUCCUCUCACCUUUUCCUUAUCCUCGCAUUUGAGGAAAGUUUAGGGUAAGGUUGGUGACAAACACAUCCUUAACUAAAUACUACAAGAAGCUCAGAGUAUUUUUUCUGUCAUAAAUUGGCACAUGUAAAAAAUCACCUUUGAUGUAAGUUUCUCUCUUUCUUUGUACAGAUUUCUUCUAACCUUGGUGACUGGCAGUAUUUGUACAUUGAUCUAGUCAUUAUUACAAGCCUGGCUCUUGUCAGUAAGUUUAUUGCCCUUCGUGUUUUAAGCUUUGGAUGAUGGUUUCUUCAAAUGAAUUCCAUCAGUUUGCUUGUUAAAUAAGUAUGGUCCGCUUGGGAGAUAGUAAUAAAUGACACAUUUGGUCCCCUUGUGCCGUUUCAGAGAAGGGGCUUUUCACCCUAACAUGCUUGCGCACAGACAGUCCAGUUAGGGGCGUUUCGCGGACAGGUUCUUAUGGAUCGUCCAUUUCUGAAAUGCCGGAUGAAGCCUCGAUUUCCUAAAGGGGAGACCCAUUUUAGGGGAGAUCCAUUCAGGCGUCUUUUUCUCGCAUGGCCGUAUACAUAGAUACCUUUACUAGCCAUAGAGGCGUUGUCAGUGGAUGUGGAGGUAAUCCCAUGGGAGUGGGUGUGUGAAUAUUCUCCAAGGGUCCUGAUGCAAUGAGUGCGCUACUAGUUGAUAUAAUCGAACCAGUCUCGAUUGUCGCUAGUUGUUGCCCCAUAUCAUUACCAGCUGUGGCUUUCGAUACUGUUUAGUUUGAAGCAGUCCCUGAUGAGAAUGUUCCACGGCCCUCUUGAACAGUGUCAUUUAUCAGCGUGGACUGCAAGAACGACAGUUUUCUGAAGCAGUUUUCCAUCACCUCUAUCAGACAGUUUGGACGUCGUCAACAAAGCAUAUAAAUGUGAAUGAAGUCUGAUAAUUAAGGUCGUGCAGAACUGCUUUCCAGGUUCUACUUAGCAGUUAGCAGAACUAUUUAAAUUUCUUUUCUUGCCACGCGAAUCUACCCCUCUUACCAUCGUGGGCUAAAGGUCAGCCACAAGUGCAGUUACUCGGUCCCUGGGCAGGAAUUGUGACACGGAAUAUUUUGUCGUUGCCAUUUACGCCUUAACAUACGACAAACUUUGCAUUAAUCAACAUCGCUGAUCCUAACAUUUUUAAUUGUAGCGCAGUUAAUACAUCUAUUCCUAGGUUAUAGAAAUAAACCCAGUUCCGACAAUGUGAUCAGUAAUUGAUGAAGACAGCAGUAUUUUUGAGGCAGUGUCUUGGACUUUUCUUGUCUCUGCGUUACCGCUUCGCCUCAAAAUCCCUAUACUUUUCCUGACACGGUGAAGGCUAUGUGCUAAAAAACCCAUCAUGUUUCUUAUUCGAGACUUAUUAUUAUUUCUUAUUCGUCGGCGAGGUAUUCAAUAUGAGACUAACUCGCCUCGUAACACGAUGUUUUUCUACUUAUUUGAAAGUCUGGGCUAACUCUACCGAAUUGUUGUUAUUUCCCGCAAGAAAUUUGACAAUCAACAAAUUUAAACCAUGGUUAAUUUUACAUAACCAUGGUUUCCAAUUUGUCUUAGAGAAAUUGAAAACAAUGCUUAAGCAAAAUUUGAUCUUUUAACUUUUGUUUCUUGUCUUUUUUUAGUGGGUAAGACAGAGGCGUAUCCAAUGUUGGUGGCUAAGAGACCUGGAGGAAGUCUUAUGUCUCCAAUCGUUCUUUUUUCACUGAUAUCCCAUAUUGUUGUACAAACUGUCGUGCAGGUUGCUGGAUUUUAUUACGUACGGUCCCAGUCAUGGUAAGACGACAAAUAAUUUAUCGUUAAUUUAGGUUUAACUUGUGGAUUUCUUUAAUUUUUUUUUUCAAUCUGCCAAAGGAAAUCUACUCCAUUUGUUGGAAACUUCAGCAGAUAUAAAGGUUUCUUCGUGCGAUUUCUUUUGCAGAAAUUUACCUGUGGAGAUCAUUUUCUUUUGUGCUUCCCUCUCUUAGACACCUGUUAUAUCAGGAAUGCUUAUCUGCUUCUAAACUAUUUAUUCCUCUGUGCUCUUACAUACAUCAUGAUGGCCAGUCUUUUGUUCAAUUUUUUGACAGCUAUACUUCCUUUUAUCGCUCAUUACGCGUAAACUUACAUUUUUCCAGGAUUUUGCAGUUCCUCAUUUGCCUCUAAUGAAAAUUCCUUUAGUUGGAUGUGCGUGAUUAAAAGCUGUGUACUUUUUUUCUAGGUUUAGCGCCGUCCACGUUACUGAAAAGAAUGCUACAUAUGUGAAAUGUCAUCAGAAUGCUGUUUUGUUUGCACUGUCUUCUUUCCAGUAUAUACACUUGGCAGUAGUCUUCUCUGGUGGAGCCCCUUAUCGGAAACCAUUUUAUAAAAGUGGUAUGUAAGAUUCUUCACUUAUCGGAUGAAACACGUGUCGAUCGAAGUCGUUCAAAAUUCAUAUAAUGGUCAUAUCAAAUGUAACUUGAAUCUUGUCAGGAGUAAAACUUAGUUUUCAGUUUAUUUUGCUUCUCUUUCCAGGAUAUUUUCUAUUGGUCGUGGUAUUUCUAACCCUGUUUACAGGAUUUUUAGUUGUUCUUCCAGGAGAAACGUUGCAGCUUUUUUUUGAGGUAAUGUAUUUUCAGUCAAAGUUAAAUUUUUAAUUUUUAUAUUGAAAGUCACUUUAUGGGAAUAAUUGCGAUUGUAAAUAAGGAAUGUAUACUUGACAUACUUACUCAUAUAAUUCAGGUGCUGAUGUAAUAGGAAACUGAUGUAGUAAUAACGCCUUCAUUCUGUUUUUCUGUUAAUAAUACGCCAAAUUAUGCACUAUAGUACACCUUGUCGAUUAUUAGCAUUUCCACUGUCUGGUUGUCAGUUAUCAGGUUUUUAUGACAACCUUUAACUGUUGCAUCCUAUUGCUUUAUUCACAUUACGUGAGGUGGACUCGAUGAUCUGGUUCUGCUACCUCGAUUUUCGAGUUAGUAUUGAUUACAGCGGUACUUUUACUAGCAAACUGAAGAUGUGAAUAUCUGUGGGCCUUGCAGAGGUCCACCAAAGAUAGUCACCCUGUUAUUAAGGAAGUGUCAGAUCUGAGGGGCGCCAAUCUCCAGACAUGCGUUGCCUUUUGCGGGUUGAGUUAAAAACUAAUCAAGCUAUUAUUAGCCUCAUGACACUUUUGACAAAUCUUUCUAAUGAAUUAUUCGGCCUCCUCUUGCAUUCUUCAAAAGAGAAAUAACCGCGUAUGCGUUAAGAGACGAAAUGCAAAGGGUAGCUUUGAAUAAUAAAGAUGUUUUUUAGUGAAGAAAUGUAAAAUGGUUUCCGUGUUUACAUAGCCUGAUGUAAACACUUGGGAGGUUGGGAGAACACUCGAUAAGCUGGAAACCACUCAGCUUCGCGUCGUGGUUUCCUACGCUUAUCUCGUGUUCUCCCAACCUCCCAAGUGUUUACAUCAGGCUAUGUAAACACGGAAACCAUUUUACAUUUCUUUUAUAAAAUAACUAAUGAAAGAGGAACGAAAACCGUGUUUACAUACGCUCAUGUAAAAUGGUUUUAUGGCCAAUCAGAGCGCGCGUACUAUUUGAAUUAUUUUAUAAUAAUGUUUGGUGCACACUAGGAUGUACACUAAGUAAACCACAGCAGUACUUACAGUGCACCACUUUCAGAGCUCCGUGGCUGUAGUAAUUCGUUGUUUGAUAUUCUCUAAAAAUCAACUGAGUAAUAGAUUGUUUGCCCGAUUGAUUGAUUGAUUGAUUGUUGUUGUUGUUGUUUUUUUUUUUUUCAGCUAGCAACGAUCCCAGAUAAAAUCUUCAAGUGGACGCUUCUUGGUAUUGCGGCAUGCAAUUGUCUCAUUUCUCUUUUCAUUGAGGUUAGUGGAAAGUCAUCUACUGAAUUUGGCUGUUUGUUGGAUAAACCAGACCAGUUCGUUUUAUGAACUGCUACAGUUAUUCUUGUACCACGCCAUCCUUACCCCCCAUGGACGAAAAAGGGUCCUUUGGCGAAGCCUAAGCCAUCCCAGUUUCAAAAAGUUUGCAUUUUUCUGGCAAAACACUAUUUCAAACUGCUAAGUUCAAUAGGAAGUGCAUAUUUUACUCUCACUCUAUAAUGACACUGUAAAACGAUUGAAAUCGUAUCACUUGUAUUCCUCAUGUAUGUUUAAUUAAGGGAAACCGACAGUACUGGUCUAGCAUUCAUAGCUUACAAUAGCAAUUCAUUUAGUAAUAUAGUAAAGUUACCACCCUCUCAGUAUCUCAGUAUAUUGUGCGAUAAAAUCCACUGCUUAUUCAUACAAAUCAAUUCCAUAAGUAUCAGAUGGGGCGAGUGGGUUUACUGAUUGAGCGUGUUGUCGGGUGAUACUCCUUUGCGAUAUCGACAUCAUGGACAGUUACUAGUGACGAGCUAUUAUUAAGAGGACAAAGCGAUGUAUCAAAUCCAUUCUAUUCUCAAAAGGCAAAACUGAUCAAUAAUUCAGUUGUGUUAAGUGCUCUAGUAAGUUCAUGAUUACCUAUGUUCCUCAUCUCCUCAUCCAGAUUUGCACUUUGAUCUGCUUUUUUCUUUGCGAAUCGGGGGUUGGUGUCAUACGUCAGUUUGCUAUUUCUAUUCAAGAUUCUUACCUUUUUCCAAAGUCAGAAACGGGUCAGAAAGCACGUUGUAACAGUUCUCAAAACUUUCCUCUAUAAUCGCUCGAUUGUUUCAAUUUGAGCCGACAUUUUAACAAGAUAGCCCCCUUGCAAUCUUUCUUAAGUAGUUUUCACCGCCUAAUUUGAUAUUUACUUCAGACAGCCAAACAAAUUGCUGUUCAGCACCUAGACUAACAGGUUUUUCUUUAACCAGGAAAUAGUUUGGAGGAAUAAGGCAUUUCUUCUUUCCCACACUCUCAACGUUUCUUGACACAGCUUUUUCUUUUCGUUUACAAACAAAACAUAAGUAUUUGAAUUUUGGGGCUCAUGAUGAGCAAAUUUGUCAAUCUCAGUCAUUAACAAUAACUUUACAAUGAUACAAUCUAAUAAGAGUGUCAUGAGCGGUAUUUUUAAAUUUGCCAUCGCUAACAAACGUGUAUACCCCCAAUUGCAAGAAAUUCAUUCAAAGAACAUAAACUAUGAAUGAUAAAGGGGCACGUAAUCAAUAAUUAUAUUGCGGAUCAUUUUUACAGCUCGUAAUUCUUAACAAAUAGCAAAUCUGCCCUUUGAUGUAUAGAAAUUAUUUAGGGCUCUAUGUACUUCGAUCUUAAUGUUUGUUUGUUUUCUCUUCUGUGUACACAGAUGUUCAUUGUUCCGUCACAAUGGCUGAAGAAAGUGCUCAAUCGUCUUUUUUGCAAAACUCGCCCAAAAAACUACUUCCGAAUUUUGCAGCAUCAACUUGAGCAUGAUUUUGACUGGCCUCCUUCUGAAAGCUAAUUCUAAGUUAGUUAGACCUUCAUUUGUAUCUUCAAAUUGAAACUUAGCUGGAAGUUCCUUGUGAUGUAGUUACUAAUUCCUGUUGGUUACAUUUCUCUCGGUUUUAAUGUGGCGAUGUUAACGACGAAACUGCACUUUAUGUUACUAAUUACAGCAGAAAUUACCGACCAGACUCGUAGAUCCUUUCUCUUAAAUUUUAUCAGAGGAGUGGAUUCAGCUUUGGAUUUGUCUGAUUUUACAGGAAAUGCAGGAAUUCGCGUUUUGAAUGGACCAUGCUAAUUUGAAUCUCCAAAUUUAACUAACCAGGAAGAUGAUGCCCAUUUAGAGAUGCCAUACAAGUUACUUGUGGUACAAGUUUGCAUAUAUUCUCUAUUAAUGACAUAAUCUCAAGUUAUCAGGGAAAGGUAUAAAGCAAGCAAAUUAAGUAGAAAAGAGAAAAGGCUUGCCAUAUGACAGCAUCAGAGAAAGCAACAGUAUAGCCCUUUCAUGAGAGGAUACUAAGUCAGAUAUGGCAUGCAAAGGUAUUUCAUGAGUCUUAGCGUGGACUGUGUGUAACUAUGCCCCCUCUAUACGUAUGAGAAAUCGAAUAAACGCGAAUAUAAUUCGUGUCUUAUUAGAGCAAGUUAUGUGUUAAAGAAUUUCUCAAUUGAACAAUCUUUAGUCAAAUGCACUUUUAAAAUUCUACAAAACAUUACGAAUUGUAACAAAUGAUGGAGUGUAGGAGCAGCUCUUGCGAUUUUGUUGUUUUGUCCAUAGAUGGUUACUUCCUCAUGCUACUUUUCACGUUUUGCGUGCACAUUUCUGCGAUCCCU